AUAUACGCUCGUGUGUAACGGUUGAAGAUUUAACGCUAUUUAUCACGCGAUACCGCGAUUGACAGCUUAAUAUUUUAUCGAAAAUAUAACUUUGUUUUGAAAAAACAGCCUCCCUAAGGCUCAGAUAUAAGCAAAUGCAAAACAUUGUUUUCGAGAUUUGAAAAAAAUUGUAACCGCUAGGCUAGUGGAAGUUCGACGAUAGGAUGAGAGGGUUUCUUGCGAGGCGACGCAGUGGCGCGAAUGGAGGCGCAAGGUGAAGCAUGGCGGCGGCGCUGGCGCUGGUGGUGGCGUUGGCGGCGGCAGCGGCGGCUUGCCCGGCUACGGUGCCGCCAGCCUGCGCCUGCGCCGAGGGCGGAGCGCGGCUCUCGUGCCGGGCCGCCGGCCUACACGCGCUGCCGCCGCUGCACGAACGCCUCCUUGUCCUGGACGUCUCCAGCAACAACAUAAGCGCGCUGCCGCCGGACGCGCUGCAACCCGCCGCCGGCCUGCGCGACCUAAACCUAUCAGCGAAUCGGUUGGAGCUCGUGUCAGCGGGCGCUCUAAGGGGCGCGGCGCUCGCGCGGAUAUGGCUGGACCGCUGCGGGCUCACGCGACUUCCUCCGAUGAGACUCCCUCGAUUGCAUUACUUAUCAGCGGAGGAUAACGAGAUAUCAGAGUUGGACGCGGCGUCGCUCGAGGAGGCGGGCGCCCUGCGCGUGCUUCGGCUCUCGCGCAACCGUCUGCGCGCCGUGCCCGCCGCCGCGCUCGUGCAGACCCCUCGCCUGCAAGCGCUCAACCUGGCCGGCAACCAGAUCAGUGAGCUGACGUCCGCCUCGCUGCCUCCGCUGCCGGUGCUACACACCUUGAUAUUAAAGCGAAACCGCAUCACCCACAUCGACGAGCGCGCUUUUGCGAGCACCCCGGCGCUGCGUGUGCUGCGACUUGAGGAAAAUCUACUGAGCGAGCUGCCACCCGCUGUCCAUCUGUUACCGAUGCUUGAAGAUUUGUCCUUGGCGAACAACCGCAUAGAGCGCGUGUCACGAGGGCUGCACGCGUGCUCGCGACUCGCGCGCCUGGAGCUGCGCGCCAACCCGCUCUCGCAACUGCAUCCACACGCGCUCGGACACCUGCCUCGCCUUACCACACUCAUACUGUCCGAGGCUCGGGGUCUAGAUCGUCUGCCAGUACUGAACGGCUCGUCGCGCCUGCGGACGCUGCGCGUGGACCGCGCGCGCCUGACGCACGUGCCGCACGACCUGUGCGUGUACGCACCGCAACUACGAGCCUUGGACCUUCGAUCGAACCAGCUACAACACGUCCCUCGACUGCACGAGUGCGCGGAGCUUCGAGUGCUAGACUUGUCGGACAACCUGAUCGAGUCGAUCGGCGAGGAGGCUCUGCGCGGCGCGCGGCGCCUGCACGACCUGCUGGUGGCGCGCAACCGCCUGCGCCGCGUGGCCGCCGACACCUUCCUGCACACGCCGCGCCUGCAGCUGCUAGAUCUCGAGGACAACCAAAUAGAACACAUCGACAUGGAAGCAUUCGUCCCCAUUUCUAAAUUAGAAGAUUUGAAUGUAGGCAACAACGUGUUCCCCGUACUACCAGCUAGCGGACUUCAGCGGUUGCUGCAUCUCAAAGCGCACAACAAUCCCGCGCUGCGUCGCUUUCAUCCCCCGGAUCUGUUCCCCAGAAUACAGACGCUGGUGCUGUCGUACGCAUACCACUGCUGCGAGUUCAUGCCGCUGAUGGAGGGCGGCGAGGACGCGGGCGGCGCGGCCGACGCGGAGCGCGAGCAGUUCAGUGACCUCGUGCUGCUGCCGCCCGCGCACGUCGACCUGGCCGCCUGGGCCAACGCCACCGACAUCUGGCCGCACUACCUGAACGCGACCGGGGAGAGCGGAUCCCGACUGGCCGCGGUGGGCUGGGGCGACGUGGGUGCGGCCGAACUGAGGCUCCCUGGGACUCGUCGAGUUCGUUGCCUGCCGCUGCCGGGUCCAUUUCUACCAUGCGUAGAUUUAUUCGAUUGGUGGACGUUACGAUGUGGAGUGUGGGCCGUGUUUCUGUUGGCGCUGUUGGGCAACGGCACAGUCGUUUUCGUGCUCGUGUUCAGCCGAAGCCGAAUUGAUGUUCCUCGAUUUCUCGUUACGAAUUUGGCGGCCGCAGAUUUUUUUAUGGGCAUUUAUUUAGGUUUUUUAGCCGUGGUGGACGCGGGAACACUGGGCGAGUUUCGCGCGCAUGCUAUCGCAUGGCAGAUGUCCGGAGGCUGCAGACUCGCGGGCUUCCUCGGCGUGCUGUCCUCCGAGCUGUCGGUGUACACGCUGGCCGUCAUCACUCUGGAACGCAACUACGCCAUCACGCACGCCAUGCACCUCAAUAAGCGGCUGUCCCUGCGACACGCGGCGGUGGUGAUGGCAGCCGGCUGGGCUUUUUCUCUCGCCGCGGCCGCACUUCCUCUUCUGGGUAUUUCUGACUAUCGUAAAUUUGCCGUGUGCCUUCCAUUCGAGACGAGCACGCCCGCCGCACUCAGCUAUGUUGUCACCUUACUUAUCAUAAAUGGACUGGCCUUUUUGGUUUUGCUCGGAUGCUACCUCAAGAUGUACUGUGCGAUCCGUGGCUCGCAAGCCUGGAACUCGAAUGACUCUCGUAUAGCAAAACGAAUGGCACUACUCGUCUUCACGGACUUUCUAUGUUGGUCACCUAUAGCCUUCUUCGCACUCACCGCCGCCUUCGGUGCCCAGCUCGUCUCCCUAGAGGAGGCGAAGGUAUUCACGGUUUUCGUACUACCUCUGAACUCGUGCUGCAACCCAUUUCUGUAUGCGAUCCUCACAAAACAGUUCAAAAAAGACUGUGCGUUGGUAUGCAAAGCGAUCGAGGAAUCUCGCGUCACAAGAGGAAUCGGGCGAUGUCGACACUCGUCGAACUUUAGCAACCGGCAAACACCGGCAAACACUAACAGUCUCGCGGAACGGUCCUCUCGCGGUCAGCAUGGAACCACCUGUGCCUGUCGACGACUCCUGCCCGCCGGCGGAGCCACCGCCGGUGCCGGCACCGCCGCCGUCAGCGAGGCGGGCAGCGAGCGACUGCUACGCUGGCUGCGGGCGUGCGGGCGCCGGUCGGCCGCGCCCGCGCCCCCCGCGCCCCGCCAGCCUCCGGCGCCGCCCGCCCGCACCGGUUCCGUAUCGUCCUCCGUGGAGUUCUCGUCCUCGCGGUCCGACUCGUGGCGAACUUACGGCCGCCCGCCGCCUCCUCCGAGACGCGCCGCCUCCUGGCUGGUCGCACGGAAGACCUCGCAAGACUCUAAUCUGUCCUCUUCGCGCAACGACUCCUCCGGAUCCAACGCGACGGCAUCGACGGGCACGUGGCGCACGUCACGCUCCGGCGGCAGCGCCGCGACGGGCUCCGGCGGAGCGGGCGCGGCGGGCUCGGCGGGCGCUCCGGUGGCGGCGGCGGGGGCGCGGCCGCGGCUCACCCGGCAGCCGGCCGUGGUGGCGGACGAGCCACCGGCGUCCCCCGGCGCGCUGCCUCCGCCGCGCCUGCUGCACACGAUCCCGUCUGCGGCGGAGACGGACGCGCAGGCCGAGGAGCCGGACACGCGCUAGUGGCCGAGCCCCUGCGUCUCGCAGCUCUCGACGAGACCGGUAUCAGUGUCUUAUCUUACCGUCCAUUAGCACUCGCUCGAGGCGAGUCCCGCUCGCUUCGUUCGGCCAUUGAACUGUUGACGUUGGUCCUCCGUCGGAUCGAUACCGCUCCUAUGAAUGUAACGGUUGAAAUGGACGCUAGACUUUAUUACUACGACAAAUAAGUAGUUAAGUUUUGUACAGUAUUACACGACAUGACAAUUUUAGACAUAGGUAAAGUAGUGAAAUACAUUAAAUAUUUAUUUAGUUAGAUUUAAUUUUAUAAUACAAUUCUUAACAAAUAAAUUAAUUAACAAUGAUUCAUAUAAAUGUAUUUACAAGGGGUGUUAACAAUAACUGAAUCGGUACAAUAUGUAUAUACAUAAUAUUAAAAGUUAUCGUUGUAUAUUUUAGACGACACUUAGCCUUAACCCGAGUUGGACUGAAGCAGUAUUCGACUACAAUAUGUACUCGUUAAAUAAAUUAUAUAAAAUAUAUUAGACGUAAGAUAGAUUUUAUAUGACAUAGAUACUAGAGUUUAUAACCACUAGACGUUAAUAUCCAGUGAUUACGUUUGUACUGUUAUUUGCAGGUAUUAAACGUUUGCCAUAUUAUGUUGCCACAGUGAUCGAAGAUUUAGUCUUGUUAUAGAAAAAUAAAAAAAACUUAUGGGUAAAUACUACUACUAAUGAGUGUAGCCAAAAAUAAUGAUUUAAUGGGACAUUUUCUUUAACGAGUAAGAUCGUUAAACAUAAUAAUAUAAUCAUUUUGUAACUAAAAAUAUUAAUACGAUCCCAAAGUUAUAAGUCAUAAUUUUUUAAUAUGAGUAAAUAAAUAUACAAUAAUCCGU